AUAUAUAAAAAAAAAACACAUCAAAGAGUUGAAUUUGAUCUAGCUAGUGUAUUCUGGAGUUUUAUACAAAAACUAAUAAACAAAUUUUUUUAAUCUUAAUAAAUAUUAAUUAAUUAAUAGUAAUUGAUAGUGUAAAUAGAGAGAGGAGAGAGAGAGUGGUACUGUAGUGUUGAUGGAUAACCAAUAGCCCAAAUGGUCUAGAUACUCUGUGUCGUCUGUGUUGAGUUUGUGCGUUGCUUGCUUCAAGAUUCUUUUGAUUUGGUCUUUUGAAGAUCUUUCGUUGAUUCUCAUGGCGGCAAUAACACCCCCAGUCCAACCACAGGGACCAGAUCGUACCUCAGCUCCAGGUGUGCACGUCUGGAUUUGUGCGCACAUAUUCAUAACUUCAAGUUUUCCUAUCCUCGAAUUUUGCUUUGGUUGGUCAAUUAUUUGUACUGCCUGUGUUUCUAAGACUGUAAGUCACUAAGCCUACUCAUGGAUGCAGAAGAGAAACCUGCGGAACUAGAUAAUGUGACGGAGCAGCAGCUCUCAGCAAAAAAAGAAGGGUCAGAUUCUCCAAAUCCUUCACAGGAUGCUGCCACUGUUGCUCAUCUGAGGGAUCCAGUGGUUCAAUCGGGAUCUUUGGCUUCUGGCGGAGAUCGAACAGUCUAUCCACCUAACAUUUAUGCUCCACAGGCCCAGACAUUCUACUAUAGAGGUUAUGACAAUGGUGAAUGGGAUGAAUAUCCUCAGUACCUCAAUGCUGAAGGAUUGGAAAUUGGAUCUCCUGGCGUGUACAAUGAAAAUCCUUCUCUUGUGUUCCAUUCUGGAUAUGGUUACAAUCCACAAAUGCCAUAUGGACCUUAUUCCCCAGUUACAACGCCUUUGCCGUCUGUAGGUGGAGAUGCACAGAUGUACUCCCCACAGCAAUUUCAAUAUUCAGGGCCACCUUAUUAUCAGCAGUUAGGUCCGCCUAGCAUGCCAUAUAUGAAUUCACGAACUCCAGGUUCACAGCCAGAGCUCACUACAUUACUAGGUGUUGACCAACAAGGUGAUAGCAUGCAUUUUGGACCAAGGCCUGGUUAUUCUGCUGUAGGAUCUUUUGGUAGAGGCAGCUUUCCUGGAAAUCCUGGGAGUCCUGGCUUUCAUGAUUUGCAUCAAGGUUUUGACGGAUUGAGAUCUGGAGGAAUUUGGUCAGAUUGGUCCAAAUCCUCAGACAGGCAGAGGUCUCUGACUCCCUUGUCACCAGCAGCAUCUCCACAGCCCAUUGGCCCAGUUGGGUCAUUUGGGCAGAAUGUUGGAAUGGCAUCCCAACACCAAAGAUCUCCAUAUGGAUUUGGAUCUGGUUCGAAUUCUUAUACUAGAGGCUACUUGCCCAGCGGCUUUAGUCAAGGCUCUAGUGCAUCCUUUGCCAGUUUGGGAACAAACAGUAGGGGAUGGCUCUCACUUGACAGUAGCAAACGACGUGUGAGGGGCAGUGUUUCACUGUGCAGCUGUAAUGGAACUCUUGAUAUCCUUAAUGAGCAGAACCGAGGACCAAGGGCCUCGAAGCCAAAGAGUCAAAUUAUUGCAGAUGGUACUUCUGCCGACAAUAACAAGCACAACACAACAACUGUUAAGAUCCAUGAUGAAUUAUACAAUCGUCUGGACUUUUUAGCAGAGUACAAGGAAGCUAAAUUUUAUAUCAUCAAAUCAUACAGUGAAGACAAUGUUCACAAGAGUAUCAAAUAUGGUGUGUGGGCUAGCACACCAAAUGGGAACAGAAAGUUAGAUGCUGCAUACCGUGAAGCUAAGGAGAAACAAGAUAACUGCCCAGUCUUUCUCUUCUUUUCGGUGAAUGCUAGUGCUCAGUUUUGUGGAGUAGCUGAAAUGAUUGGACCUGUUGAUUUUGACAAGAGUGUAGAUUACUGGCAGCAAGAUAAAUGGAGUGGGCAGUUUCCUGUGAAGUGGCAUCUCAUUAAAGAUGUACCCAAUAGCCAGUUUCGUCAUAUUGUGCUUGAGCAUAAUGACAACAAGCCUGUAACCAAUAGUAGAGACACUCAAGAGGUAAAGUUGGAGCAGGGUAUUGAGAUGUUGAAGAUCUUCAAAAAUUAUGAAACUGAUAUGUCCAUUCUAGACGAUUUUGACUUCUACGAAGACAGGCAGAAAGCAAUGCAAGAACGGAAGGCUCGUCAACAAGCCAGUGUAGUUGGUGUUGGUGUUGUAAACGAAAAUGAGCAUAGAAAUGCUGUUACAAUAUCUGGUGGUUUUAUAAAGCAAAUGUCUAAGAGUUUUGCCCAAGUUGUACGCCUAGACGAGGGUAGUAAAGAACCUUCCCUUGUAGAAAGAGCCACUCCUGCCAAUGAUGUCUCCAUAGGCACCAUGGUAAAACUCGAAGAUGCUAUUACAGCAGCCGUGCCUCCUACUCAGAGCAGUUAAUAUUGUGAUCAGGUUUGCUGUGCCAUAUGUGACACAAAACAUCAAAUUUUACUAUGGUUUUCAUUAUUUUGUGAUAAAAUGUAGGCUCUUAUGUCUACUUAUUUAUUGUAAGUGCAUCAAUAUCUGAAUGGAAAGGUAUUUUAUAAGUUCUACGAAGCUGACGAGCUUCUUGUAUAAUAAUAUGCUUCACAAGUGCUGCAUUUCAAUUGUAGCCGUUUAAUUCUC